CCGCUGCAAAAAAGAGACUGAUCUCGGAGUUAAAAAUCGCAGCAGCUAUGGCGGAGAAAGCUGUCACUAUCAGGACUAGAAACUUCAUGACUAACAGGCUUCUCGCCAGGAAGCAAUUCGUGAUUGAUGUUCUUCAUCCUGGAAGAGCCAAUGUAUCAAAGGCUGAGUUGAAGGAGAAGUUGGCAAGGAUGUAUGAGGUUAAGGACCCAAAUGCUAUCUUUUGUUUCAAAUUCAGAACUCACUUUGGAGGUGGUAAAUCUUCUGGAUAUGGUUUGAUCUAUGAUACUGUUGAGAAUGCUAAGAAGUUUGAGCCUAAGUACAGACUGAUCAGGAACGGGCUUGACACUAAGAUUGAGAAGUCAAGGAAACAGAUCAAGGAAAGGAAGAACAGGUCGAAGAAGAUCCGUGGUGUUAAGAAGACCAAGGCUGGUGACCCUAAGAAGAAGUAAGAUGGUUAAAGAGGACAGAAGAGGAGCAGCAACAUUGGUUUUGUUUCUGCAUCAUUCCUUUCUUUAUGACCAUUGUUUUGCUGUGUUAGACAUCUUCUAAUUACAUCUCGAUUGUGCGCUUCUUAUUGUCAACACUUGCUGCUGGAUCAUGUUUUAAAGCGUUAGAGAACAAGUGUGGUUAAGAUUUUUGUUUCCAAUACAUUUAUUUUUAAUCUUCCA